AUGGUCACCAGCAUGCCCCCGACCAUGACUCCGUGGAAUCCUCCUCAAAUGCACAGCCUGCACUACGCAGAUCACAGCCUCCAAUAUGGCCAACAACAAAUGAUGUCCAACUACCUACAGUCUGUCCCUAACUCCAUGCCCCCUGUUCCUCAUCUGCAGAGGGAAACGAUCCCACGUCCGGGCCAGAGUGGUCCUUGGAACGCCGAGGAGGACAAUAUCCUGUUGGAUGCGAAGGGUCGGGGAUUGUCGUGGGAGGAGAUCCACCGACGAUAUUUCCCCAACAAGUCGGCCAACGCAUGUCGAAAGAGACAUGAGAGGGUGUUGGCCAAGAUGCGCGACACCGACUGGGACGAGGCCAGAAUCCAGAGGGUGACAGACGCGUACAACCGGCACCGGCAUUCGAUAUGGCAACCUCUAUGCAAGGAGCUUGGAGAGUCUAUGUCAGACGUGGAGAAAGUGAUGUUUCAACAGGGGCUUCGAAACCUGAGGAACCCUUCUCGCUCCAGCCAUGCUCGAAACAGAUCACGAGCUAGUUCCGGUCAGGGAGUGAGCGACUAUGAACGCGGCUCAUCACUGGACGAAGAAUAUGGUCAUACCGAUGACAGUGGCAUCAGCCUCGGGAAUACUGCACAUAGUCGACGUGCCAGUGAGAUAACAUCUGGUUUAUCUACGGAGAGUCUUCCUUCUGUCAACCGUCUGCUCUCUGAGACAGUUGGGUAUGGAUACACAGCAUGA